AUGACCUCUUGGAGGGUUCCCGUCAAAACAGAGGCCGUUGACGGUGACAGGGAUCCGAGCAUGUACUGGGAGGACAUUGACAGCGCCAGUCCCGAUACCCAGGCCAAUGACUUCUUUGGCCAGUUUGUUGACUUUGACGCCCACGAAGCCGGUUCUGCAUUCAUCGACACUGACUUGAGCUCUGUCGCGACAACCAUGCCUGGCAUGGCCGAAUCUCUCCUGAUGCAGGACCACGGCGCAGUCCUAGACAGCACUCUGUCAUCUGGUGUCUCGUCCGGGGACGAGGUGGACUUUUUGUCCAGCAGCUCCCACAUGGGCGCACCCGGCUCGACCGUAAGAGAGGAAGUCAACCCAAACGACCUGCUGCUGCGUACCGACGAGCUGCUUGCCAACGUCUCGCAGCAGCAGUUCGAGUACGUGGAAAGGGCGUCCAUGUCGGAGGCCGACCUCAGUCGACUAGAAGGCAUAUCUAUCCACUCACCACAGAAACCAAAGGUUGCCGCCACCUCCACCUCAAACCCGUCGUCCCCAACUCCCGAUUCUCGCAAGCCCAACAAGCUCGUUGAAGCCCUGUCGUCUACAAUAAGAAAGGCGACCCAGCUGCGAAAGAACAAGAGGACAGCCCGAGCAACUCGACCGGCGUCACCUGCGCAAGAAGCACAACAGUCGCAGCAACUGCAACAGCAACAGCGACAGCAACUGCAACUGCAACUGCAACAGCAACAGCAACUGCAACAGCAACAGCAACAGCAACAGCAGCAACAACAACAGCAGCAGCAGCAACUUCAACAGCAACAGCAACAGCAACAGCAGCAGCAACGACAACAACGACAACAACAACCGUACGAGCCUCUGAUAGUGUUUAAGCACCGGCCACGAAAGCCUCGAGCUGUCACCCAGGAAAAUCUGCCCGUGUCCCCGCCCAUGCAACAGCAGCAGGACCAGACUGGCCACCAGUUUAUUCGCGGCCAGUAUGAAGACCCGUUCAAAGAGAACUCGCUCAUGGCGCCCCUGCCCGGCGUCCCUCUCCCAUACUAUGGCCAACCAGCGCCCGACACUCCCGUUGACUCGCAGGGGGUCGGGAGCGAGCCAGGUCCGGCUCAGUUCCCACUGGAUCCUUCUUGGCAGCAGCAGCAGCAGCAGCAAAUGCAUUGGACUGGCGCUGGAGGCGAAUACGUCACGAGCCAGCCAGGAGGAGCGCCAUGGUGGAAUCCCAGCAUGAUGCAUCAAGACGCACACGCACACGCACACGCACACGCAUACGCCCAUGACCAGACAAGCUCCAGUGUUCAGGUCAUGGGAGCUGGACAGCACCCCGUCAUGCCGUACGACUACGGCUCCGCACCCAACCCCAGCACCGGCGGACUCAUGAUCCAGAUGGCUCAACCGCAAGGUGCGCCGUCGGCCGCAGUAAACGAGCUGACUGCCAACGCGCCGACCUUCCUGCCACCCCAGCCCCCCCUCCGCCAGACGGUGCCCAACUCGGAGCGAUCGCAUCGUCCGCCCAAGGCCAAGUCGUCCGGGGCGAGGCACAUGUCGUGCUCGCCGGUACGGAGGCAGCGCCGACCGUCGGCCUCGCCUACACGGGCAGAUCCGUCGGUGGCCAUCCCCCGCUCGCGCCACAGCUCCGGCGGCUCCGUCUCGUCGUCCAGGAGCGCGUCCGGGCGCCUGCCCGGCACGAUGCCCGGGACGCCGUGCAGCGUCCGCAAGCGCCGCUCGCGCGACGUCAGCGGGUCGUCAGGCAUGGCCAGCGACUCGGGCGGCGGCCUGGGCUUCGUCAACUUUACGCCGCACGACGGAUCCGUCCUGAUGACGGGCGUGGCGCCCAGCGGGAGCUCCAAGACCAAAGCCCGCAGGGAGAAGGAGGCGCAGGAGCGAAGAAGGCGCCUUAGCGAAGCUGCCAUCAAGGCCGUGGCGGCAGCCGGAGGAGACGUCGACAAGCUUAUCGAGCAGGGGUUUUCCAUGUAG